GCUCGAUUAUGAGGGGUGGGCGUGGCUAGGUGGUGGAGGGGCGUGGCUAGAGGCGAUUCCUGUCAUGGCUGCCGCCUUGGUCACCGCUGCGAGUCGCGCGCUGCGCGUGGUGAGCGGCGGCGGCGUGAGACGAGGAGGGCUGGGUGUCGUUCUCUGCCGCUUCAACAGCGACAGCCUCACCCACAACUCCCCUGCCACAGACACAACGCGGGUGAGUGACCCGGUGGUGAGUGACCUGUUGGUGAGUGACCUGGUGGUGAGUGACCCCUACACUGAUCCCCCACGUCGCUGCGUCCUUUGCAACAUCGACGUGGACUACAAAAACACCCAGCUGCUGUCUCAGUUCAUUUCGUCACACACCGGGAAAAUCUACGGACGUCACAUCACUGGUCUGUGCAGUAUGAAACAGAAGCAGAUCACGAAGGCGAUAAAACGUGCACAGAAGAUGGGCUUCAUGGCUGUCACUCUCAAGGAGCCGCUGUUCCGUAGCGACCCCCAAGUCUGCAACGUCCGGCUACCCCAGUGACCCCUACUGUGACCCCUACUGACCCCCAGUGACCCCUACAGUCACCCCUAGUGACCCCACGUGACCCCUAAACUGUGACCCCUACUGACC